GCAGCGGCAGCGCUGGCGCUGGGGAACGGCUCGGUGUCUUCGGGAGACAGUUCUGCGACGGCGGCAGCAAGUGCUCGUCACCAGUCCGCCCUCGGCGCGGCCCGCAGCCCUCUCGCCGCCGGCGUCCGGCAAUGUGUCCCACCGGCCGGGCGUAGCCGCUGCGCGUGCGCGGAACCGCGGGGCCAUGAGCGGAGCCGGUGGACCGGGCUGUGGGUCCCCGGUGCCCCUGCGAGCACCAUGGAGCCUGCUGGCGGCGACAGCCGCGUUCUGCCUAGUGGCGGCCACAUCUGUGUGGACGGCGGGGGCCGCGCCCAUGAGUAGGGAGGAGAAGCAGAAGCUUGGGAAUCAAGUACUGGAAAUGUUUGAUCAUGCAUUUGGUAACUAUAUGGAACACGCUUACCCAGCUGACGAACUGAUGCCUUUAACCUGUAGAGGUCGUGUUAGAGGUCAGGAGCCAAGUCGGGGUGAUGUUGAUGAUGCUUUGGGAAAGUUUUCCCUAACACUGAUUGAUUCUUUGGACACUCUUGUGGUAUUAAAUAAAACUAAAGAAUUUGAAGAUGCAGUGAGGAAAGUUUUAAGAGAUGUAAAUUUAGAUAAUGAUGUAGUUGUAUCAGUCUUUGAAACAAACAUCAGAGUUCUUGGGGGUCUUCUGGGUGGACAUUCGUUGGCUAUCAUGCUGAAAGAAAAAGGAGAGUACAUGCAGUGGUACAACGAUGAGCUUCUCCAAAUGGCAAAACAGUUGGGUUACAAACUUUUACCAGCUUUCAAUACUACCAGUGGCCUUCCUUAUCCAAGAAUUAAUUUAAAGUUUGGUAUCAGAAAACCAGAAGCUCGAACAGGAACUGAGACAGAUACCUGUACAGCUUGUGCUGGUACCUUGAUCCUUGAGUUUGCUGCUUUAAGUCGAUUCACAGGAGCAACUAUUUUUGAGGAAUAUGCAAGAAAAGCUCUUGAUUUUCUUUGGGAAAAAAGACAACGAAGUAGUAAUUUAGUAGGCGUGACCAUAAAUAUCCAUACUGGAGAUUGGGUACGAAAAGAUAGUGGAGUUGGAGCAGGGAUUGAUUCAUACUAUGAAUAUUUAUUGAAAGCCUAUGUCUUGCUUGGAGAUGACAGUUUUCUGGAAAGAUUUAAUACACACUAUGAUGCCAUCAUGCGGUACAUCAGCCAGCCACCUCUCCUUCUUGAUGUCCACAUCCACAAGCCAAUGCUGAAUGCUCGAACUUGGAUGGAUGCUUUGCUUGCUUUUUUCCCAGGUUUACAGGUCUUAAAGGGGGAUAUUAGACCUGCUAUUGAAACUCAUGAAAUGUUAUAUCAGGUGAUUAAAAAACACAAUUUUCUACCAGAGGCAUUUACCACAGAUUUCAGGGUACAUUGGGCUCAGCAUCCUUUAAGGCCAGAAUUUGCAGAAAGUACCUACUUCCUGUAUAAAGCUACAGGAGAUCCUUAUUACCUUGAGGUAGGGAAAACACUUAUUGAAAAUCUAAAUAAAUAUGCAAGAGUGCCUUGUGGAUUUGCUGCGAUGAAGGAUGUUCGUACUGGAAGUCAUGAGGACAGAAUGGAUUCUUUCUUCUUGGCGGAAAUGUUUAAAUAUCUUUAUCUAUUAUUUGCGGAUAAAGAGGACAUUAUUUUUGAUAUAGAAGAUUACAUCUUUACAACAGAAGCCCAUUUGUUACCUCUUUGGCUCUCUACUACAAAUCAAAGCAUCUCAAAGAAGAACACAACUUCAGAAUAUACAGAACUGGAUGACAGUAAUUUUGAUUGGACUUGUCCGAAUACUCAGAUUCUCUUCCCUAAUGACCCACUGUAUGCUCAGAGUAUUCGUGAACCCUUGAAAAAUGUGGUGGAUAAGAGCUGUCCCAGAGGCAUCAUCAGAGUAGAGGAGAGUUUGAGGAGUGGAGCUAAACCCCCUCUGAGAGCCAGAGAUUUCAUGGCCACUAACCCUGAGCAUUUAGAAAUCCUGAAGAAGAUGGGGGUGAGUUUGAUUCACCUCAAAGAUGGGAGAGUCCAGUUGGUUCAACAUGCAAUUCAAGCUGCUAGUUCAAUUGAUGCAGAAGAUGGGUUGAGGUUCAUGCAGGAGAUGAUUGAAUUGUCAAGUCAGCAACAAAAAGAACAGCAGCUGCCUCCACGAGCUGUACAAAUUGUUUCCCACCCAUUUUUUGGCAGGGUAGUGUUGACUGCUGGACCAGCUCAAUUUGGGCUGGAUCUGUCAAAGCACAAAGAGACAAGAGGAUUUGUUGCAAGCAGUAAACCAUACAAUGGUUGUUCAGAGCUUACUAACCCUGAGGCGGUCAUGGGGAAAAUUGCUUUGAUACAAAGAGGACAGUGCAUGUUUGCAGAAAAAGCACGAAACAUCCAGAACGCUGGAGCCAUUGGUGGCAUUGUUAUUGAUGACAAUGAGGGGAGCAGCAGUGACACUGCCCCUCUGUUCCAGAUGGCAGGUGAUGGGAAGGACACCGAUGACAUCAAAAUUCCCAUGCUCUUCUUAUUCAGUAAAGAAGGAAGUAUCAUUCUAGAUGCCAUCCGAGAUUAUGAAGAGGUAGAGGUGCUCCUUUCUGAUAAAGCAAAAGAUCGAGCAGCAAUAUUAAAAGGUAAAAUGAUUCCAAGCUACAUUAUUAAUAGUAAUCCUGAAAUGGACAAUGAAGAACAAUCAGCCUCUGAAAAUGAUUCCCAGAAUCAGAGUGCUGAGCAGAUCACACCAAGUUCUCAGGAGGUUGAUUUGGUUGAUUUGGUUGAUCAAGUUGAUCAGGAGUCACCUGAGGAAAGUUCUCUAAACUCUCAUCCAGAAUCAUCCUCCCCAACAGAAACAGAUAAUGCUGCAAGUGGUCCUCCUUCUGAACAGAAUUCUAAUCCCACAGAAAACCUUGAGACUACAAAUCUUGAUGGUGAAUGUACAGAUUUAGAUAACCAACUUCAAGAACAAUCAGAAACUGAGGAGGAUUCCAAUCCUAAUGCUAGCUGGGGUAAAAAAGUCCAGCCUAUAGACUCCAUAUUAGCAGACUGGAAUGAAGAUAUAGAAGCAUUUGAAAUGAUGGAUAAGGAUGAACUAUGACUUGUUAAAGAAUCUGCUGGUAGGUAUUUAAAAAGAAAGGUAAACUGUGGUUAUUAGACACCCUAGUACUAAGCAGGCUCUCUAAUGGGAGGCUUUAAAUAUGAUGAGGAGUAACCACGUUCUGACUGGGAUAGUGAUCAGAUAUAGAACUUGCUGCAUUAGAAGUGACAUUAUUUAAAAGUGUCCUAUCAAAAAUGGAAAGUCACAAUUCCCCCCUCAAAUGACAGCAUUGCACCACCUUGCAGGACCUCAGGUUAGAGACUUACUGGGCAUUCCUAAGAACCAAAUUUGUGCAGUCUCUGGAUAGGUGAAAAACAGUGAUUAAUGAGGUGAGGAAUAGGAAUUUGUAGAGCUCUCUAAUUAAAGGAAGCUGGGCUUUCAUAUGGGGGCAUUCUGGUGACGCUGCCUUCAGAGAAAUACUCAAGUGACCUAAGUGGUUAUGAAGCACUUCAUGGCGAAGACAGUCUUUGCUCAUCACUUUUCACUUGCUUCAUUGUGUAACAAAUGAUCAUGAUGACUUGACCCUCUUACCAGUGUCCUUUUCAUUUAAACCAAAGGUGAAGUCAUUGUAUGUUUUCAGUGAAUUUUCUGCAUAAAGAUUAAUCAUUGGAAUCAGGUAAAAAGGUUAUACAGUUUAUUGUGGAAAUUGGUCACUGAAUACUUUUCAGAAAUGAGGCAAGAAAGAAGCUAUUGUUGCAAUACAAACUUCCCCAUUGGACCUGCCUUAGGGAAGCUGUGACUAUUCUGAAAUGGAACUUAAUAUUGUAUCCUUAUAGGGUAAAUUACAAGUCUUAUCCAAUUCUUUUCUCUUAGAAGUGAUUAGCCAUCAGCCUUACUCCAUCCCAUGUUUAGUAUGCAGUUUGAGCCACAAGGCCCCUACCACCAAUAGCUGAAUUCCUUUUGUUCCAUUUUUCUAUCUUAGGAGCUGUGAUAAAACUGUGGUAGUGAUCUAACAAUCCUGGAUGACUACUAUUUUUUUCCUCCUACUACUAUUUUUUUUUAAUUGCACCUGCGGAGUCUGCCACAUUUUCUGUUGAAUCAUGUUUUUUUUUUUAGGUUUGCUUUAAAAAAAAAAAAAAAAACUCCUGAUAGGAACCUGAAAUUUAGUUUAUGGUAACCCAUGUGAAGAAUUUAUACAAUAACAACUAAUAAAUAGCCAUAUAAUUUAAUGAUGAAAAUUUUCCCAUUUAUAUGGCUGUCUGAUGCUGCCACAAAGAGUUUUAAAAACUUUAUUGAUAUCUGUACACAGCCCUGUAGUUGAAAUGAUGUCUCUGUACUGAUUUUAUUUAUUUUUUUUAAACUUACUGGAAUCAGUUCUAAAGGAAUAUUUGUGAGGUUUAAUUUCCUUUCUCUUUACCAUCACAUUAUAUAAUAACCUCCUAAAACACAGUUUUGAGGUACUGAUGAACUGUAUAUGGAAUUAUUAAUGAACAGCAUUGCUGUGUUGUAGUUAUGUAUAUUCAUGUACAGUAUGUCUUAGAUCCCAGGUAAACAUAUUCUUUUGUAUAAGGGGAUAAAUAGCUGCUUUCAGAAAUUCCAGCUAAACUUAAUUGAAUCAGUGAGUAAUAAGUCUAAUAGAAAAUUAUUUGGGGUGGGGGGUUGGGGGGGAAGGUUAGUAUGCAAGAUCUUUAUUGGCCCUUAAUUAAACCUGACACAAAAGUGGAUAUUUUUAUUCUCUCUGCAUGUGAAAUUUGGUAUAAGAAGAUAGAAUUAUAAUAAUACAGUAUACGGAAAGGAUAGACAUAGUGCUUUGUUCAUCUUAAUUACAAAGCUGCCAAAAUAGCUAAAGCUUCAUUACUUGACUUGCCUUGAUUUAUAGGACUGGGGCUUGGAGAAAAGGAGCAGAUGUUCCUUUAAGACUUUGAUUACAGAAGCCUUACAUACCUUGAUUUGAUUUUGUAUUUUAGCUUAGAGCCAUUGUUGUCUACCGUUCUCAAAACAAUUUUGUUUUUUUUGGGCGAAGAGCUCUUGUAACUUACAAGGAAAAGCCUUCUUACUGCCGCUCUCCCUGCUUUUAACCACGAGGGGGAGUUGUUGCCAUUCGUUGAGGUCUAACAGGAAAUUGUUCACUUGUUUAGAAAAGUGAAUCUUCAAAAAAAUUAACAAACUAUAUUUAACACCCAGAACGAAUUAUACUUGAUUUUUCUCCAGUUAAGAAUAGAAGGUGUAAUAGUCAGCUUCAAAACUUAACUCGUAGUUAACUCUGCAUUCUUAUUCAAUAUACUGCCAUGAAGUUGUUUUUUGGUUCAUUAAAAAUAUGUAACAGCAUUAGCGGGUUUUUUUUCCAUAUUUUGUUUUAAAAUACUUUAUAGACAUUUUAUUUACUUCCUGAUAAUUCAGGGGAUUCUGUGAGACCCUGAAUUUUAGAAACAUCUGGUCUACCUCAGUUCAAUGUUGACUGCAUAGAAAUAGAGUUGAAGUGAUCACCACAGCCAUAAAAUUGUUUGACAGAGGAUUUAUACAAUGUUUACAAACCUGGAAUCAAGUAAGAAUUUUAUUGAAAGUUAAGUUAGAUAUCAGAACAAGUAUUUAAUUCAGGUAUUUUCAAGUUUUAAAAAAAAUUGUUUACCUACUAAAAAUAGCUAUAGUUUUUUCUGUCUAUCAAAGUCCAUUGACAUGAUAUACCAUAAUUUGCAAUACUUCUCCCAUAAAGUUUUAAGAAGGAAUUGUAAUUUAAAAUACAUUUGGGAUGGGACAUUUUUUGGAAAUGUUUUUGGUUGUUGUUUUUGUGUUUGUGUUUACCUGUUGACUUCCAACAAGAACAUAAUUGCUUCAGAACAAAUUUUUUGGCAUUAUAUCUUUCCUUUUCUCUUCACAGUGUUAGAGUAAAAUGAAAAAUUUGCACUCUGAUUUUAAUUUGCCUAAUUACUGAGAUUUUUUAAAAUUAUCAUCACACAGCCCUUUUGAUAGUAAAAUCAACAUUUGUUCUCUAACCAGACCCCAUGCCAAAUUCAUCAUAAACAAAGCUCUGCAUAAGUAAUUCAAAUAGUGCUUAUAAUUUUAGGGGGGAGUGGGAAUUUAGUAAAUAUUCCAACUGGUCGUUUUAUGCACAAGGCUUCAGUCAGAACAUAGAAAAAAAACAUUCUGUGAAUGAAAUAUUGUAUGUUAAGAUUUUAUAAAAGACAUUUUUAAAAGCCCAAUUUACAGCCGUAUAUUUUCUUAUGAUGUAAUUUAUGAAAAAGAUGUCUGUACUAACAGGUGCUGUAACACUACUGUUGGAUUUUAUUGUUUGGUGAUAAAUGUAUGCAAUAUUUCUAAGGGAAACUAUGUACUGUGAUGUAAAAGUGUGGGCAAAAUGUAUAUAAUCCUUGUAUAUAAUUGUGUAUUUGAUUAUAAUUACUGAUUGUAAAGAUUUAAUAAAAUAUGUAAAUAUU